GUCUUUCUUUCUUGUCCUUCUCCUUAAAUUUCUAUAUCCCCACCUCCAAGGUACAUAUGGUGGUAUGAACCGUGUUGCCGACGGUCUCUCCCUCUUUCUUUCUUCUUUCGUUCUUUUUCACAUGUAUUGACUCGCAAAAGCUCCGCUAAAGCCACUGGAAUCACUCCCUAUAUAACUAAGAACCUGAUUCUUCUGUUACCAUCGAAUCACAUCACCGUAGCCACUACACCCAUCAUCCAGCUCCACUGCCACCAAUAAAAAAAACAAGCCAGAAGUGCAGUAACCUCCGCUGAACGGUAGAGAGAAGCUUGGACCAAAGAUGAGGAAAACGAGAGGGUUCAGGCUAGGAAGAAAGCUGGUCACGGUGUUCAGAUGUGUUUUCAGGCGAAGUCAAAGUCCGAGAGUUAUCAAAAGUUUGGAGCAUCGGAGUUGUAGGAGUAGGGCCAUGACCAAAAUCUGCAACUGGGGUCGUCGUCUUCGGAUGAAAGCUAAGGGGCUCUGUUUUCCCAAGUCGGGUUACGUUCGGGUGGGUCAUGAGCCGUGCGAGACUAAACCGAUGGAAGUACCCAAGGGCCACUUGGCUGUCUACGUCGGUGACUCCGGCGACGACACUCACCGUGUUCUAGUACCAGUGUUAUACUUCAAUCACCCACUGUUUGGGGAGUUGUUGAGAAACGCCGAGAAGGUUUACGGGUUCAACCAUCCGGGCGGAAUCACAAUUCCCUGCCCUAUAACAGAGUUCGAGAAGGUGAAAACAAGGAUCGACGCCGGUGAGCAUUUCCGGCGGUAUAGAUCAAAGCAACGGCAUUGAAGGAGAAGAUAAAGAAAACGACGACAGGGUGUCUCUUUACCAGGAAUAAUAAUAAUUACGAGUGGCUUUCCUUUUCCCGGUUAUGCUUUUGUUUUCUUCCUCAAAAUUUGUGAAUAUUUGGGAAAUUAGUUGUACAAAUCAGAUGAAGAUUUUUUUUCUCUUCCCCUC